ACUUUCACGUGAUUUCUUGUCACCAUGAAUUCAUCAGAGAGAACUCCGUUGAUUAACAGACGACCAUCAAUACCGGUAAACCAAUCAAUGGAGGAAGAAGAAUCUGAUUCAGAGGAAAACAAAGCAAAUGUUAGCGAGAAAAUCCUCUCUGGAGAUUAUGAGAGCCUGGAUUAUGAUGUUUGUGAAAACGAUUUGUACCAGUUGGAGGAAAGGAAGAAAUCUGUGAAGGAAAUAAUGAUUAUCGAGAUGUUGAGAUGGCUGGUCAUGUUUUUCGUCGGACUUUUGACCGGAUUAGUGGCAAGUUUGAUAGACUUCUGUGUCAUUCAAUCUACAGAUCUCAAGUUCAGCAUCAUCAAAAAGUAUGUAGACAAAUGUGUGGACAACAAGUGUAUGGAGGUCCCCCUCCUUGUGUGGGUGGGGAUCAAUGGGGGCCUAGUCAUUGUAGCCUCCAUCUUGACAGCUUGUUUUGAGCCUGUUGCUGCAGGAAGUGGAAUCCCCCAAAUCAAGUGCUACCUUAAUGGAGUCAAGGUUCCGCAUGUUGUGCGUCUAAAGACCAUUGUUGUCAAGGUCAUUGGGGUCAUCUUUUCAGUGGCUGGAGGACUCAUCAUUGGGAAGGAAGGACCCAUGAUUCAUUCUGGAGCUGUCAUAGCAGCAGGGAUCUCUCAAGGCAGAUCAGAUACAUUCAGGAAAUUUGAUUUAAGAAUAUUUGAAUUUUUCCGAUCGGACACGGAGAAACGUGACUUUGUGGCCGGAGGAGCAGCCGCAGGAGUGUCCGCUGCCUUUGGGGCUCCGGUAGGGGGCGUUUUAUUCAGUCUCGAAGAAGGUGCUAGUUUUUGGAACCAAGCGUUAGCAUGGAGAAUAUUUUUUGCCUCUAUGGUGUCCACUUUUACCCUGAACGUCAUACAGAGCUACAUAAAAGGUAUACCUUGGGAUUUGUCAUAUCCUGGAUUGUUCAACUUUGGAAGUUUUGAUACUACAUCCUAUUCUGCAUUUGAAAUUCCAAUUUUUAUACUAAUGGGAGUAUUAGGUGGUCUUUUUGGAGCUUUGUUUAACCAGCUAAACUACUUGUUAACAAAAUUCAGAAGAAGAUACAUAAACAAGAGUCGGGAUCGAGUGCUGGAGGCCAUGAUUGUGGCCAUCAUCACUGCAACUGUGGGAUACAUCUCCCUGUACUUUAAUAACAGCUGUAGUCCCAUGGUACAGGACACCAAAGAUAACACUGUACAGGUUUACUGCAAUGAUGGCCAAUACAGUUCGACAGCUACCAUUUUGUUUCAAUCUCCAGAGGACAGUGUUAAGAGCCUGUUCCAUGAGUCAAAAGGAAUGUACUCCCCCUCCACCUUGGUCGUCUACUGUCUGUGUGUGUUCAUACUGGCCUGCUGGACCUAUGGACUCUAUGUCCCCAGCGGACUUUUUAUUCCGGGUCUCUUGGUGGGGGCGGCAUGGGGGAGGUUUGUCGGACUGUGCCUAAACUACAUAUUCCCUGAUGUGGGUUGGGUGGAUUUUGGGAAGUAUUCACUGAUAGGAGCAGCUGCUCAGUUAGGCGGAAUUGUAAGAAUGACAAUCAGUUUAACUGUCAUCAUUAUGGAAGCCACAGGAAACAUCACGUUUGGUUUGCCUAUCAUGAUUGUUCUCAUAGUGGCCAAGUGGGUGGGAGACAUCUUUAAUGAGGGAAUCUAUGACAUGCACAUUCACAUACAGGGGGUACCUAUCCUGGGCUGGGAACCCUCCUCUGUUCUGACAAAUUUGUCUGCCAAGGAGGUGAUGAGUCACCCAGUAUCUGUGUUCAAUAUGAGAGAGUCAGUAGGGAGGGUAAUGGAGGUGCUCAAAACUGAAACUCACAAUGGCUUCCCUGUGGUGGAGGAUUAUAUUCCAAAUCCCUUAGAUUCAUCAAUAAAUGAAGAAAUGUCUUUUGGAACAUACAGAGGAUUGAUAUUAAGAUCACAAUUAAUAGUUCUUUUAAAACAAAGGGUGUUUGGAGAUAAUGGUGACCAAUUCUACAAUUUAUCAACAAAAGAUUUUAGGGAUGCAUACCCAAAAUUUACUCCAAUUAGACAAAUCCAUGUCUCUCAGUAUGAGCGAGAUAACUGUGAGAUAAACUUAGAGCCGUACAUGAAUCCAGCAGCCUACUGUGUUACAGAUAAUGCCUUAUUCCCAAGGAUUUUUAAGCUGUUUCGAGCACUUGGUCUUAGACAUCUUGUAGUGGUGGACAAGCAUCAUCAGGUUGUUGGCAUGGUAACAAGAAAGGAUCUUGCCAGGUACAAGGUUACAAGAAAGUUCUGGAAAGCCAGAAUUGAGGAACUGCUUAUGUCCACUCGUUGAUUACUCAGAGGAAGGGAAGACCCUUGUAAAAAAAUGUCAAACAACAAAAGGACAUGCAACUACACAAUAUUAAAAGGUGCCAAGUAAAUUGUUUGUUCAAUGUUCAUUGUAUUAUUAAUUGUAAAUGAUUGAUAAUUGUACACAUGCAAUGUAUAAUGACAUUAAGCAUUCUAAAACAAAAGUCAAUAUGUUAUGAACAAUGUCUGUCUCAUAUUUGAUCAAAUGUUUUGAUUAAGUGAAGUGAAUUUUUACUAAAUUAUCAUGACAUAUUAUGCAUAUUUUAUGUUCAAAUAUACUUUGCAUUCAAAAGUUUUACAUAUUUACAUGUACUUCCACAUAAUCUUGACUGUUUAUCGGGUACAUAUGCAUUUGAAAAAGUUUUGAUUGUUUUUUGAAUUUCCAGAUAGAAGAAGCAUUGUUGCAUAAUUAGCACAAUUUUACCCUUGGAAAGGUCAUUGACCAAUGUCAAGGUCAAAUGAUCAUAAAAGGUCAAAUUGAGUUUUGUAUCUUUCUUAUAAAGGGGUAACUUUAACUUUAAAUCAAACAUGAUUCGUAGACUUUUCUGAUCUGAUAUGUGAAGCAUUUUUAAUUUAAGAAGUAUUUUAUUCAAGUAUAUAGAUACAAUGAAAUGGAUUGAACAGCAGGCAUAAUGCCUAUUUAUCUCUCCAAUAGUGAAGCAUUUUAUGACAAUCAUGGUCAAACAUGCAAAGUUAAAGGUAAAAUUUAAUAGCCAAGAAAUUGGUUUUCAAAGGAAAUGUCUGUCUAUCUGCCGGUCUGUAUAUCACUUUGCCUGUCCGUCUGUAUUUGUAGUAAAAUAGUAUCUCGCAGAUACUAUGUUUAGGGAGAAGUAGUAUCAGUAAUCAUUACAUUCCAUCUCUCUAUCCCUUUAUCACUUUCCGUUCAUCUGUCUGUUCAUCUGUAUGUACACUAAAACUGUCAGGUCCAUAACUUUGAUGAGAGGAAAUGUCAGAAGCUCAUACUUGACAAAAAGGUUGCCUGUGAGCAGGGGGUAUAUUUCCUUCAACUGAGGUCAUUGACCAAGGUCAAGAUCAAAACUGCCACAUUGUAAUCAAUAUAAUACCUGGUAACUUAUCUAAAAGAGGCACCUUAGGGGGUAAUAAUAUGGUAGCUGUUCUUGGACUUCUACUCACUUUCAAAAAUAUAAACCCUGCUAGUUCCAAAAAUAGAGAGAGAUAAUAAAAAUUCAUGAUUGAUUUAAUGUAAUAAAAUUUAAAGAAUCUUCUCCCCAAAAUUAAGGCUAAAAUGUGAUUUGAUUUAAGGUACUCUACUAUAUCAAGACUUGUACUUUGUCACAAAGAGUGUAUGGUAAUUUUAAAUGUUUUGUUAAAUUGUUCAAUUUGUAUUUUGAUUUUGACUGAGGGCAUUGAUUUACAUUUUAAUGGUUUAUUCUUACUAUAAAUAUGUAAAAGAGCAAAGAGAUAUACAUUUAGUUACAUCUAUGCAUUUUAAAAUCAACUAUUUCUGACGGAGCAGAUAUUAGUCAUGACAGGUUAGGUUAUGUAUUUUUUGUUUUCAAAAUAUGAGCAUAAUGUUUUGUUUUUUGUUUUUGUUUAUUUGAUUGGGGUUUUUUCCGCAAGGGGGGGGGGGGGGGGGGGGAUGGGAGUGCAUGUGCCAUAUUUAUUUUAUGAAAAACCAAGAUUGCUAACUGUAGAGUAAAAUUAUAACAUAUAACAUUUUUCUGGUGGGUUUUUUUCUUUAUUUCAUUUUUUCCUUAAAUUUCCUCUUUUUGACAGGGAGUAUGCAUGCAUGUAAAAAAAAAAAAGAAAGAAAAA